AUCUCAAUGAUACAGAUCUACACAAUUUUGCCACAAAUCAACAGACUCUGAAGCACGAUUUUGGCUAGCUGUCACUGCUUUCCUAUAUUUACGAACAUAUUCUGGCUCUAAGAUAUUUUUUUAGUACCAACUCAAUGCACUUAAUGUGUUAUGCUGUUUAAAAUUAGUUUUGGAAAUUGAUAAUGUCGAUAUUUGUUUGUUUUGUCGUGUUGGCAUUUUUGUCAACAAGCAGUGGUAUUAAAUACAAGGAUAAUGAUAAGGUGAUACUUUAUGUGAACAAAGUUGGACCAUACUUCAACCCACACGAAACAUACCAUUACUACCAGCUACCAGUCUGUAGACCCAAAAAGAUAGAACACAAGAGUUUGACAUUAGGAGAGGUUUUAGAUGGAGACAGAAUGGCUCUAUCAGAAUAUGACAUUCGUUUUACACGUGAUUCCGAUAAGAAAGAAUUGUGUAAGGUGACAUUUACAGAACAAGAUUUACAGCUAUUACGUGAUGCUAUUGAAGAUCUCUAUUACUUUGAAUUUGUUAUAGAUGAGAUACCAGUUAGAGGUUUUAUAGGGCAUUUAGAAGAAGGAGGUUUUCUACCUCAUAACCACAAAGUCUUCCUGUGGGCACAUCUCAACUUCAACAUAGAAUACAAUGGAAAUCAGGUUAUAUACGCCAACGUGACAACCAAAGAACAGGCACCUGUCAGUCUGGAUGGAGUUACUGCCCCUUAUGAAGUCGUCUUCACCUACAGUGUAAAAUGGAUGAAAACAAACAUGGCUUAUGACGAUAGAGCUAAGAGAGUACGAGAUAACAGCUUCUUCCCUAAAACAUUGGAGAUUCACUGGUUGUCCAUUAUAAAUUCCAUGGUGCUAGUCUUUCUCCUCAUUGGUUUUGUUGUAAUUAUACUGACACGUGUUUUAAAAAGUGAUUUUGCCAGAUACAAUGUGGAUGAUGAAGAAAGUGAUGAUAUAGAUCAGGAAGAUAAUGGCUGGAAAAUUAUACACAGUGACGUUUUCAGAUUCCCUUCUUUCAAAAGUCUCUUUACAGCUAUACUUGGGGUUGGUAGCCAGUUUUUAGCCUUAGCAACCGGUAUUAUGGUGAUGGCUGUAUUAGGAAUGUUUAACGUACACCAUCAUGGAUCUAUCAACUCAGCAGGAGUUAUACUGUAUGCUUUUACAUCAGGCAUUGCAGGUUAUGUUGCAGCUAACAUGUACAAAGUUUUAGGGGGAGAUAACUGGGUGUGGAAUCUCAAUCUCACUUCCUGUUUAUUUGCUGCACCAUUUUUUACGGUAUGGGCAUUUGUGAAUUCUGUAGCCUGGGGUUAUGGUACAACACAAGCUUUACCUUGGCAGACAGUGGUAUUAUUAAUGUGUUUGUGGGUGUUUGUUGGUUAUCCAUUAACUAUUAUUGGUGGGAUCUUUGGUAAAAAUUGGGCCACAGGAUUUGAUGCACCUUGCCGGACAAAGAAUUUCCCCCGAGAGGUCCCCAGUGUUCCAUGGUACAGAUCAUCAUUUGCACAUUGCGUUGUUGGAGGAUUUUUACCAUUUAGUGCUAUAUCAGUGGAGUUGUACUAUAUAUUUGCCACAUUAUGGGGACGAGAACAGUACACACUGUACGGUAUCCUAUUCAUUGUGUACGGUAUAUUGAUCAGUGUGACUGGCUGUAUAUCAAUAGCACUGACAUACUUCCAGCUCUCCGCCGAGGACUACAGAUGGUGGUGGAGGUCUAUAUUUAGUGCUGGGUCCACAGGAUGUUUUGUCUUUCUGUAUGCCAUGUUCUACUACUUCAAGAGAUCCAAUAUGUCUGGUGCCCUGCAGACAAUCGAGUUUUUCGGCUAUACUUUUCUCACAUGUUACGUUUUCUUCCUUAUGUUGGGAACAGUAUCAUUUUUUGCAUCAUUGAAUUUUGUUAGAUAUAUUUAUGUCAAUUUGAAAAUGGAUUGAUGCUGAUGACAGAUUUGAUAUUUAUUUUUUCAUAUUGUUGAUUUAAUUCCUUUUGUAAAGAAGAAGGCGUGAUGAGAGCCAAUAUUUGGUCCCGGAAAUUGCAUGUUGAAUUUAACAUAUUUGACCUAUUUUGACAUUACACAUAGAUUUUGGACCAGAUAGAUACAAGCAACUGCCUUUCCAAAAAGAUAUUUUACAUAUAUUAUCAUCUGUGUUAAAUACUUCUUGUAGCAAAAUAUCUUAAGGUCUGUUGCUUGUCUCUAAAAAGUAAUGACAAGAUUUCAAAAUGAGGCUAUUUUAUAGCAAUUUAUGCAGUUUUGCACCAAUUUCAAGAAGUUUGAAUCCCUAAUAAAAUAUGCUCGAUACAAUUAAAAAUAUGAAUACUGGUGUCUGACAGACUAAUGUCUUAUAAACAUCUGAAGGAUGUUUUUUUGUAGAUUUAUCAUACUUUUUUUAAUGUCUUAUAAACAUCCGAAGGAUGUUUUUUUGUAGAUUUAUCAUACUUUUUUUAUUUCCAAAUUCAAGGGGCCAAAAAAGUGGCUGUAUCCUGGCUUUUCCUUUUGGAUAGACUUGUCACAGAUGGUUGCCUAACAACUUGUUUUUAAGGUGGUAUAUAACUCUACAGGGAGGUAACUCUGUAAAAAUCAGCUUAACGUUUUAAUCAUAUUCUAUUGUAAUGGAAAUUUUAAGCUUCUCAAUGAUCAAAAUUAGUGAUUAUCAAACUGCUAUAAAUCCAAUGAAAUUUUUCCGAUAAAUUGUGUGGUUCAAGUUUUUUGAAAUUUUUUAUAUUUUUUUCAAAGGGCCAAAGUAAAUAUUUGUCAAAAUUUUAUAAAAUUAAAUGAGCCAAAUAAAUUUUAGUCAAUGUUUUUGGUACUAACUUAAAACACCACUAAGACUUUAAUACAGUUAUGAGGAAAGAAAUUUACACUCAUUUCUUUGUUUUUUUAAGGAAAAUAAAUGUGCAGAAUAUGUAUUCUAGUGAAGAAAACAAAUGUCCAGAAUGAAUAAUAUAUUAUUCGGGAUCUUCACAAGGUUAUUGACUCAUAUUCCCUGUCAGUGUUUAUAUCUCCUGGGCUGUCUGGUGAAAGAGAUAUAGGACACCGACAGAGAAUUUGAGCCUACAUCUUCAGUAAAGCCCAAAUAACAAUUAUAUUAUAUUGGCGUGUCCUAAUUUCAACAUUCAUUACCAUUCUGGUUUUAUAAUAUAAUAGUUUUUUA